AUGCAACAACAUAUUUCACUUAUUUUCAUACUAUCGCCUUUAAUUAAAUUUUUGUGUAGUCCAGGAAGAAGGUGGAAUAAAAAGAAUAAAUCCAUUGGAAGGAUUCUUUCAUAUUUGUUCAUUUCAUUUCUCAUAUUUUACAAAUUAACAAAAAGGGAAAAGAAUUGUUUUCAACUCUUAAACGUUACUCCAUUCACACCUUAUGACGUCAUUAGGAAAUCAUUUAAGACCGUGGCAUUUAAUUUGCACCCAGACAGGAAUAAAAGCGAAGACGCAUCGGUUAAAUAUUCCAACCUGGUCGAGAAGUAUAAGCACAUAUCUACGCCAGAAUCGCAUUACAGAUAUACUAGGUUCUCAGACUUAGUGAAGCCAGAACUAGGCUCAAUCAAUGAAAUGGGCUUCAUGGAUUUGAUAACACUGGCGCUUUUAAAAAGCUUCAUGACGGUCGGGGCCACCAUUUUAAUUCUACUGUUGAGCAAUGAGAAGAUUAUAUGGCAUCCACUUCUCGUUUAUCAGCUAUUUAUGCUCUUUUUCGACAUAUAUUUAAGGCUGUCAGACGAGUUGUUUUUCACAACUAAGUUGCCAUUUUUUAAAUAUUAUGUUACAUUUGAGAUUUUACAGCUUUUCAAUGAAUUCAAAUCGUAUUUUAUGCACUCGUCAAUUUUGUUCCCUGACAAUAGUAGAACGCCCACUGCUAUCGGAUCUAAUCUUUUGAUAAACAACCUGGCGUUGCUCAGCAAACUGGACGCCUUAUUGAAUAAACUGAAGAGAAUGUUAGGUCCAUACGGCGAAGAAAUAGAUGACGACGACGAAAAAGUAGUUCCAGAUGAACACGUGGUCGAAGUUAAUAAGACGAUUAAGAGGAAAUACGGCGAAAAUUACUUCCUGGAUUGGUCUAAGGAAGCUAAGCUCAAAUACAAGAAGCUGGCACUCCACGGGGAAAAGUUAACCAGUGAAGAAGGGGCCAACGUGUUCUCGUUCCUCUUCACCUCCGGAAUUAUUCUCCUAAGCUUCAUGAAGUAG